UCAGAUUCAGAGGAAGAUGAACCAGCAAAGAAGAAAAAUACUCUUCAGGGACGCGGCGAGGGCUCUGGCUUGUCCGCUUUGCUUCCUCAACCCAAAAAUUUGACAGUGAAAGAGACCAAUCGGUUACUUUUGCCCUACGCUUUCUCGAGGAAAGCAGGAGAAAAUGCCUCUGACUCAAAGCCCGCUAAGGCCCCGACCUCUUCCUCCAAAGCCAAACCUCUGUCCAAGCCAGCGGUGCCCACAACUCCUUCUCCGUCCGCUAUCAAAGCUGCUGCGAAGAGCGCUGCCCUGCAGGUGACCAAGCAGAUCACGCAGGAAGAGGACGACAGCGACGAAGAGGUCAAGCCAGAGAACUACUUCUCCUUGUCUGACAGGAGCGAGCCCAGUGUCGUGGGCGCCGAGGCGUACAUGUACUCUGGCACGGUGGUGUCGGAGGACCCACCGCCUGGGACAGAGACAGAGCCCCAGUUCCAGGACGCUGCUGCUAACGCCCCUCUGGAAUUCAAGACGGGCGCGGGCUCCAGCGGUGCUCAGCACAGCUGGGCCCCCAAACCCGGAGAAGACUACGGCAGCAGUGCCUACAGCGAGGCUGGCGUGGCUGGCGCGUAUUAUCAGGAUUACUACAGCAGCGGUUACUACCAGGAGAUGGAACCAGCCCAGGCACCGCCGCAGGAGAUGAGCACCGACUCCUCCUUCAUAGAUGACGAAGCGUUCAAACGUCUGCAAGGCAAGCGGAAUCGAGGGCGGGAAGAGAUCAACUUUGUGGAUAUCAAAGGUGACGAUCAGCUGAGUGGAGCCCAGCAGUGGCUGACGAAAUCCUUAACAGAGGAGAAGACCAUGAAAUCGUUCAGCAAGAAAAAAGGAGAUCAACCCACGGGACAGCAAAGGAGAAAACACCAGAUCACAUACCUGAUCCAUCAG